UGAAAUUUAUAUGUUUUUAUUAUUUAAAAAAAAGACCUGAAAUUGAUUCUCCUAAAAUACAGGGUGGAGGCAAAAAACUAAACUUUUGGUUUUUCGGCAAGUCAAGUAAUUGGUGGAUUCAAACUUGAAGACAUAAUAAACAAUGAUUUUUAUCUUUUGGUGGGUCAGUUUGACUGGACUGAUGUGGAGUGAAGGAGAAAAGUGGGGACCAUCCCCCACAAUUAUUCUGCAUCAUUAGCGGCCAACCCACGAGAUGACGCCUGUUUGGCCUUCUCCAUUUUCUUCUCUCUCUUUCUCUCCCCCUCGUUUCCCCAAACUAAACUGAACCCUCGCACUUUUUCUCUCUCUCGUGAGAAGAAAACGCUUAUCUGCUCCUCCUACCAUCACUUCCACUUCCCAUUCUUCUUCUCUUUUCCUUCUUUAAAAAAUGGCAUGUUAACUGUUAAGUCCCUCCCCUGCUUCUUUAGUCUUCUCUGUCAAAUACUUUUGUACUCCAUCUCCUCUGUCUCUCGCCACCACUUUGUGCUUCUUCUGUCUCCUAGGCGUUAUAGCUUAAGCAACCCCGAGAUAAAAGUUCGCUAUUUUCUGACACCCCUUCGAAUGCUUGUCUCUUCUUGUAUUGCCUCACUUGCUGCUUGUAAAGCUUUCAGCUUUCAGCUUUAAAAGCUCUGCCUGUUUCUGUCUGCACCAUUUUCUUCUGUUCAUACCCCAAUACUGGCAUAAAUCUUCAGUUUUCUUCCAUGAACGAAGCUGAAAUGACGAUUCCUCACUUGUUCAGGUGCCCAAUCAGUCUAGACUUGUUUGAGGACCCAGUGACCUUGUGCACGGGCCAAACCUACGACAGGUCCAGCAUAGAAAAAUGGCUUGCUCAAGGUAAUCUCACUUGCCCUGUCACAAUGCAGAAGCUUCAUGAUCCAUCCGUCGUCCCCAAUCACACUCUUCGUCAUUUGAUCGAUCAGUGGCUUCAAUUGUACCCUCAAUUUGACCAAUUUGAUAACUCUAAAACUGUUGAUUCUCUAGCCUCUCUGAAACGAACCCUUCAAUCUCAGGAAUCCACCUUCCAGAACAAGCUCCAAGCGCUUGAAAACAUCAGGCUCUUAUCUGAUGAGUAUUGCUCUUUCAAUAAAUCUUGCUUCCUUCAAUUAGGUUUCUUGCCUCUUCUUUUGGGACUGGUUUUUGGAGCUCAAAUGUCCAGAGAGCAUCAUCACAUGGAGUUCAUAGAGCUUGCUCUUUCUUGCAUUAUGAAGUUGUUAACCCUUGACAGUACCUCAGAGCCUUUAAAUAUGCUCAGAGAAGAACCUAAGUUAGAAUCGUUUCUUCUAUUACUCGAAAAGGGCAGUCCCAAUGUUAAAACCAGUCUGUGCAAUCUGAUAGAUUCGGCGGCAGCAUCACAUUUAGAAGAUGUAUUGGUUAUGCUCGGAAAAUCCCAGAAACUAAUCAAUGAAAUUGUUCAUCUUGUAAGCCAAAAUAACUGCGAGGCUUCCAGGGCUGCAAUUAAAGCCAUAUCAGCGUUAUGUUCCUUGCAAACAAACAGAGAGAAUAUGGUAAUAGCAGGGGCAAUAGAUGGCAUCAUGAGGUACGUUUCAGGAUGUGAAACAAGAGAGAAGAACUUGGCUCCAUUGGGGAUGGAGAUAAUAGAGAAGCUUCUGGUAAUAGAGAGAGGCAAGGAAGCAUUGGUUAAUAGCCCAAAUGGGAUUCAAACUUUGGUGAAGAUGGUCUUCAGAGUGAGUAAUCAAGAGUGUAGCGAGAAUGCAGUGGAUCUACUGAUGAUGGUGUGCAGAGAAAGUGGGCGAGCAAGAGAGGAAGCCAUUGAGGGAGGAGUUCUGACUCAGUUGCUUUUGCUUCUGCAGAGCCAAUGUAAUGCGAAGACGAAGGCGAAGGCAAGAAUGCUUCUCAAGUUGUUAAGAUCCAAGUGGGCUGAGAAAGUACCAAAACAGGCCUAGUUCAUUUGUGAACAUAAAUCACAAUGCGCUUGUUUAUGUGUCAAUAUAUGUUUGGCCGUCUUAUCGUAGCUGUUCCAUAUUCGCUUGUUUCUAUUCGCUUUAUAAUCUGUGAAUUAUUUUUCAUUGCCCAAAAAUUAUUCAUAAAAUGAUAAUAUCAAAAUCCAGUUUUUACAUCA